ACCACCUCCACCACCACCAUCACCACCUCCACCACCUCCACCACCACCAUCACCACCUCCACCACCUCCACCACCACCAUCACCACCUCCACCACCUCCACCACCACCAUCACCACCUCCACCACCUCCACCACCACCAUCACCUCCAACAUAACCAUCACCACCACCACCACCUACACUACCACCAUCAUAACCAUCACCCUCACAGCCACUAAUGUCUACUUCCCAGUCUUUCUGAUCUCAGAGGUGAUGAGCUUGACGGCUGUCAGGACUGCCGGGGUCAGAGAAGGCAAGAGACACGUCUCUGGAGAGUGA